AUGAAGCCUUCUACUCAACCGCUUCCUGCCGAUCAUGUUGAAAAGUCCAACACCACUGCGAAUCUCUUUUUAGGUGGUGUGCGGAGGAACUGGAUGGCCGAUGUCCGUCCAGCUUCAACGCACCAUGUUCCUCCAUCUCCGCCUAAAACCAAUACUGCACCUCCGGUUUCCGAGCGCCCGGAAGUUGCGCCCAUGUCCCCCGUCACACCGGGGGGUAUGCUGCAAUCGGCCCUGCCACCCGCAGUGACUGCAGUGACUGCAGUGGCAGUCACUGCUCCCAAGAAACCCGAUCCUCCAGCAACUGCGCUUCCAUCUCCUGUACCAAGUGCAGACUCUCAUCCAAGUCCCGUUAUUAGCCAUCCGUCAACCGCUAGUCCCGCGAUUUCUGCUGCUCCACCGGUCGCGAUUCCUCGAGCUCACCCGCAACCUAUAACCCCAACAUCCGUCACAAAUGAGACCGGCCCUCGUCUGCCACACCAACCCGGGAUGAGCCAAGUCUCACAAGAUGCUCUAGGGAUCACAGUCGCACGUUCAAGCUCCCUGAUAAGGACGGAUGCGCGGCCCGGGCCCAUGCACGAGGUACAUGUGCACGAGGCCAAUGCAACACCAAUCUCAAAUGGUCCAGGCCCGACCCCAGAUCAGUCUACAUGGAAAAAAUGGCAAGCUUGGGUAGGUCAACUGGGGAGGAAGGCGACCAGUUCCCGGUCCAGUAUUGCCGUAGCUCGAGUACAAUUGCUGUAUGAGGCUUGCGCGAAAAGAGACCUGUUUUAUCUGGUACUGCAUCAGAUAUUCUGUCGCGUAUCUUUGGGCGAUAAAGUCUUCUUGGAUCUCCCCGUCCUCAGUUCAGAAUGGUGUCAAAGGGGCAUUGGCCGGAUCUCUGAACUGCUGGAGCCCAACCAUAAGCUUUCCAAAGAGAUCCUCGUUCUCUUUGCCCAAUUUCCAGUCACGCCAGAGGAGAUGAAUGCGCAGGUUUGGUAUCAUCGGAAUAUUCAGGAGGUCGCCAAUUUCCUUCCACUGCUGGCAACGCGUUUCACGAGUUGCUCUUGCCAAUUUUACGCGGAUGUGGUCCAUCGACGCUUUCCGCCGCUGGUGCAUGAGAUGAGACGAGAGUUCAAUCUCAAUUCACCCGCGUUCAUGAGUGUGAUUUUUGCUUCCAUGGGUCGACAACUAUACGAUGCUCCCAAUUUCGAGGCGUUGAAUGAACUGUUUCACAAAAACCAGGACCUAGAUCCAAAUAUGAAAGGCUUGGACAAGGAAUCCCAACAUCAAUUAAUUGAUGCUUACCGGAGCAUUCCAAUGAGAGAUUCCCCAUUACAACUAGCAUCAUUACCCAGUCCCCAGGCUCCGGCCACAGCUCCGAUCUCUCAAUCUCCUCGACCUGAAGUCACGCGAUCCUAUUCUCGAAGCCAACCCUCAUCCGCGAGCCCAAGACCAACUCUUCUCAGUCAUCCCAGGCAUCAAUCUGCCCAGGCAUCCAAUGGAACACAAGCAUCUUCGAAUAUACAGGAAAGGCAAUCCCCUGCUAUGCAAUCUCCAGCAGUCCAGUCUCCAGCAGUUCAGCCUCCAGCAGUUCAGCCUCCAGCAGUCCAGUCACCAGCGGUCCAGUCACCAGCAGUCCAGUCUCCAGCAAUCCAGUCUCCAGCAAUUCAGUCUCCAGCAAUUCAGUCUCCAGCAAUUCAGUCUCCAGCAAUUCAGUCUCCAGCAAUUCAGUCUCCAGCAAUUCAGUCUCCAGCAAUUCAGUCUCCAGCAAUUCAGUCUCCAGCAAUUCAGUCUCCAGCAAUUCAGUCUCCAGCAAUUCAGUCUCCAGCAAUUCAGUCUCCAGCAAUUCAGUCUCCAGCAAUUCAGUCUCCAGCAAUUCAGUCUCCAGCAAUUCAGUCUCCAGCAAUUCAGUCUCCAGCAAUUCAGUCUCCAGCAAUUCAGUCUCCAGCAAUUCAGUCUCCAGCAAUUCAGUCUCCAGCAAUUCAGUCUCCAGCAAUUCAGUCUCCAGCAAUUCAGUCUCCAGCAAUUCAGUCUCCAGCAAUUCAGUCUCCAGCAAUUCAGUCUCCAGCUAGUCAACAUCCAGCGAAUCGGCCUCCGCCUCCGCCGAUCGUAACUGGCCCACCCGGCCAUUCUACGUAUCAGUAUCCUUCACAACAGAGGCCGCAGAUUCGGCAGAGUCGCCCGCUGAUGACGCAGCAGGAGAUCGCAACGACGCGACAGGCAAACCAGGCCUGUCCAAUCCCUCACUGGCAAAUGUCACCAGCACAGCAGAGUCAAAUGUCAGGCUUGCCUCCAAGGCCAGGCCAUGUACCUGGGUACACUUGGCAACUUGCUCCCAAUCCUCAGACACAGGCACAAGCACAGGAGUUUCUUCGGUCAUAUAUUCCUCCUUCAGCAUAUACGUCUCCAUCUCCGCUUUCGGCCCAGCAGAAUGUGUCAUCCCCAGGAGUCGCGUCCGACGGUCAACGCCGAGAGAGCCAGGUGCCAUUGCAAACUUACCAGGCAUAUUUAAGAAGCCAGCCCAUUGCUUCCCCGCACCAAGUUCACUCGCCAAAUUCACGAUCUCCUCAAACUUACACCCCUCAAAACCACAACCUUCAAACACACACUCGACAAAACCAUACUCCACAAACGCAUGCUCCUCAAACGCAUACUCCUCAUCCCCCAUCCCCUGCGCCCCUCUUGCCACCUCCUGGAUAUCGCCUCCCACAGACUGCUCCGCCGAAUCCCAUGCGUCUCGGGCUACAUCAAGCCGAUCUUCGUGACCCAAUAAAGAAAUGUAUCAAGAAAGGGCCAGGAGGCGAAAUGCGGGAAGCGGAGCUUUAUCAUUAUGUGAGCCAUUUUGCGCUGGAGCCUUCUGUCAUUGAUCCCGAGGGUUACAAUUAUGUUUGGAAUUUUUCCGUGUCUGCCGAUGAUAUGACGAGGCAUCCUCGCCCUGUAGAAACGUCUGUUAAGGAGGGCCACCGUCGCAUUCUCACAUAUCAAUCAGGUUGCCGAACAUUUCGUCUGCGGUGUGUCGCACUUCCAGCUUCGGAAACAGCAAAGACAAAGACCCUGUGGCAUACGGCGCCCACAACUUGGCCCAGCGUGUUCUACAUUCACCUCAAUGGCAGAGAGUUUACUCCCCGCCGGAAGAUUCAUAAUGGGAAGGACCUGCCUUUGGAUAUCACAUUGGAUCUCCAACAGGGCGAAAACAAGCUGCAAGUUGACCUUCUCCUCGGGCCAGAUGAAUGCAAGAAUAUCCGAUAUUACUUCGGUAUUGAAAUCAUGGACGUCUCUCGGUUCGAUCUGGUGCGUAGUCUCGUCCGGGCCCUUCCGGCGGACGUUGUACGUCAAAAAAUCCAAAAGCGUCUUAACAAAACCACUGAAGAUGAUGACGUGGCUGUCGUGACCAAUAAUCUGACUGUUAGCCUUAUUGAUCCUUUCACUGCACAAGUCUGCCACACGCCAGCCCGCUCCAGCUACUGUGACCACCAGGAAUGCUUUGAUCUGGAGACUUUCAUCAAGACUCGAAAGUCAGUCAGCGGUCCGACCCCGAUGAACGAUAAUUGGAGAUGUCCUAUCUGUAAUUCCGAUGCUCGUCCGCAGCUCCUGCUCUUGGAUCGAUUCCUUGAGGAUGUUCGCAUGCAGCUUAUCCAGAGGAAUCAGCUCGAAGGAGCCCAGUCCAUCCAAAUAAAGCCCGAUGGCACAUGGACCGUGAAGGCCACCAGAGAUGAAGCUGGGCCGACUAAAGAGAAAUCACGUUUGCCCCCGGCCAAGCGCAAAGCAGACGAUCUCGAAGUACCAUCAGGGAAUGCGGCUUCGCGUGUCAAAUAUGAGAACACCCGGUCCCCUGGAAACCAGCCUCCCGAGCGAAUCGUCAUUGAAAUAGACGACUAA